GGAUGCGAUUGUGAAGUGAUGCUUGCCGAGACCGUUUGUUUUGUAUUGUAUUCUAUCGCUACACUUGUAUAUUGAUAGAUAGCCCACGCGUUUCACCUACACGUCGAUAAAUCAUUGGGAAAACCCGAAGGAUAAUAAACUCCGAAACACCAGCAGGUAGCAGAGGUUAAACGUGACAGUUGAUUUGUGAGAGAUAAUACGGGAGUGGAGAAAAAUUGCAAUACCUGUAUACAGUGUCCGCGUAUGAUCAUCCCGAGGAGCCCAUGAGGGACAAAGGAAAUGUUCCUGGCUCUUGCAGUAUAGGAUGCUGUGAGGCAACAACAACGGACUUCAAAUCGUUGGACGGCUGCACUGGGAAAAGUUCAGGAUAAGCAAACCAACAGUCCUAAAACAUGACAAAAUUUUGGGUUAACUUGGUACUAGUUAGAGUACUGUUUCCAUCACUUCUGGUAUUGGGCGUAAUAUGGAGGCCCGUGGGACUGUCGCUGGUGUACCUGCUGCUGGCGCUCGUCGCCCCGUUCGUGCCCGUGCCCACGCACUACUCCACGAGCGGGCCAACGACCAAACCUGGCCAGCGCUUCCUGGUCGCUGGUAUAAGCCUCAGCUGCCUGGUCAUCCUGGCCCAGCUGACCUUCCAGAUACUGAUGUUUUCCCUACCAUCCAAAGCUGAGCUUUUGAUCAAUUGCCAAUUUCUCGAAAAGCUAUUGCGACACGUGGGCCUGGUCAAGCUAAAGGGCGCUACUCUCCAGGAAUUCGCCAUUUGGCUGGCUCCGGAAAUCGUGAUAUUUCCAUCGAGUAUGGCCAUUUACUGUAUUUCGCGGCGAUUGACCGGGACCUCACCAGCGAGCGAGGAUGACGAGUCCUCCCUCCAGUCCCUGCAAAAGUUCGAAAAAAAGUCCAAGGAUCGAUCGUCGAAGCUGGUCAACGCCUUUGGUGGUCUUGGCACUUACAUCGUCCUGGCGAUGUUGUGCUUCACCGCAUCCCUGAACCCCUCGGCCGAGGGUGGCUUCUACUUUCUCGUGUUCGUACUGUCGGCCACGUGGUGGGCCACCCACCGGGAAUUGCACCGCGGCUUUGCCGUAGUCUGUCGACUGGUGAUGCUCGUGGUUGGGUUUCACGUCGUCGCGCUGCUCUCCUACCAGAACCAGUGGCCGCGGGAGUAUGUGCCGACCAACGGGACCUGGGCCAGGUACUUUGCCUUCAAUGCCACCUCCGAGACCAACUGCACGGAUCCGAGGGACCGGCAGUACAUAGAGGACAACGUUGUGCCCGUCUACUCGUACCAGCUGAGGCUAUUUUUGCUGUACUUCGUCCUCGGCCUGCAGUCCAGCUUUCUCUUCGCGAAACCGGCAAGUGACGAGCUGCUGAGAUUCGGAUCAGGGCGCUCCGGAGGCCUACUGCAAGACUCGACUGGGAGUGUCAUAGUACAGGAUGGCCAGCAAGACGAUGCCAUCCAGAUGCAGUCGCUCAGUGAAGGUGCUCCAGAAGAACAGCCGGGGAUCGUGGAAAACGUCAUCAUGGCACUCUUUUCUAUUUACCAACUGAUAUCUCACUCAUCCUAUCUGGGCACCAACAUUAUCAUGAUGACUUGGAGUAUCAUGUACCACAGCUGGUCGACCUUCGUAUUGCUACUGUGGGCAUUGAUUUUGUGGAUGGUACCGAACAAGAGGUCGUCCAUGAUGAAGUGCUCAAAGUUCAUUGUGCUCUACACGACGAUUUUGAUCCUCAUUCAGUACGUGUACAGUUUGAACCUGACCGAAGAGGAGCUGCCUAACGUCAUAUUUGGCAUCAAUAUGACGGAAGUCGGCUUCAACGAGCCUCCGUCGCAAUCGAGCCAUUGGCAUCUCGUCACCAAAUGCUGCUUCCUAACGAUGUUCUGGAUCACGAUGCGGCAGUACUCGUCCGAGAUGUCGCGGCAACGCAGGUCCUCGACGUUGCGAGACAUGGUGGCGCCGCUUCAUGUGUCAGUGUCGACCGCCAUGAACAACAAUAGCCACAACCAAGCCGAGCCCGAGAUCAAGAGCAAGUACGUCCAAGAAGUCGGGCGCUUGGUCAAAAAGUUCCUCGUUAAAUUCUGGAUAGCCGCGGUGGCUCUCAUGCUUUUUAUCAGUGGCUUUGUCGGCGAGCGCAUGACCGUCUUCCGUAUCAUUUACAUGACGCUGUUUCUGCUCUUCAUUAUCACUUUCCAGAUAUCGUGGGUAGCAUGGAAGAAGAUGCUGUAUGGGUUCUUGGUAACGGUCAUUGGCUACUCGGUCAUAAUGCUCAUUUUGGUAUAUACAUACCAAUUUCCCCAAUUCCCGGAGUACUGGCAUCAAUACUUGAAAAUUUCGGUCGAUUUGCAACGUGAUAUUGGUCUGAUAACUUACGACACCAAGGAUUUGUUUGUAAAAUUAAUCACGCCCACAUCGUUUGUCAUCAUAUCGGUAAUACAAAUUCACUAUUUUCAUGACGACUUUCUUGAGACAACGAAUCUCAACAAAGUGUCCGAUGUUUCGAGGAAAGAUAGUCUUGGUCACUCUCCAAACGCAAUUCCAAUCGUCUCAUCCGAUGAAGUUUUUAUAUCUCAAAAUGACGAUUUGUCUCGUGUAUUUACUCUCAAAGAGCUAAAAGAAAUGUCCAAGGUAGAAAUGACAGUACUUGGGAAAAAAAUCAGUGGCCAUUUUUGGAACUUUUACAAUUAUACUUGGCUGUUCAUCGAGUUACAUAUUCAGAAGAUUAUUUUCAUUGCUUUUGUAAUAUUUUGCAUCAACGACAUAUGUGCCAUCAACGUCUUUUUUAUUGUAACUGUAACUAUUACUAUAAGCUUUAGAAGAAGGGCCCAAAUAAUGGUUAUAAACACAAUGGCCUCAGUUAUCGCAAUCUUGGUGGUCGUUAAAAUGCUUUACCAAAUUGAUUAUAUUAAACACGAAAACUGGAAUCGGGAUUGUCCUAGUCAUGAUACUGGAGUAAAUGCAAGCAACACAACGACUUACAACAUGGCAGAAUGGAUAGGUCUGAAAAAGAUUGACAAGGAUAAUACGCUAUCGUAUCUCCUCAAGGGCUCCAUACUGCUUCUCGCCCUAACAACUUUCCGGGCCAUGAUCAUGGUUCGGCAGCUGUUUUACCGCCAGCAGAAGGGAGAGCCCCUGGAAACUCCGAUGUUCAUGUUUCCAGAAAUCAAACGUGCAGACGCAGACAAGGGACUCGUAACGUGCUUCAAAUUUUUGUGCAACUACGGCUUUUAUAAAUUUGGAUUGGAAUUCUGCCUGAUCGGUAUGGUUGGGCUGAUUGGUAUCAGACUGGAUUUCUACUCAGUUCUGUAUAGUAUUUGGCUCAUGAUAUUAUUCUGGAUGAAUCGGAAAACUACUAUGAGGAUAUGGCCCUUUUUAAAACUAUUUGCCCUCAUACUGUUACCGUUGCAGUAUAUCAUGAUUGUUGCACCUCCGCCCUGGCUGUGUAUAGAUUAUCCUUGGCAAAACCCAGAUAAAGUUUGGUUGAGAAGCUUGCAGAAAUUUAUGUUCCUACCAGAUCCAGAUUUAGAUAAUCGUCCAAACCCAAAGAAGCUCAUGUGUGAUUUCAUUCUUUUGAUGAUGAUAGUUCGCCAGAGCUUAGUAUUCCGAAUAGAAGAGCGUAGCGUAUCAAAUGGACAGGAAUUCGUGGCUGGUCACAACUAUUCGGUCUUUAAAGAAAUGGAAAAGCCGAAUUCGGUGAAUCCGGUGAAAGACUACGUUUCUCACAUACACAAUUGGCUUGAUGUAUUGAAACGCGGCUGUUUUAUGAGCCUGAUGUGGAUCACACUGGCCUUCAUGUUUCUGGCUGGCACCAAGAGGACAAAUUUAUUCUCUCUGGGCUACCUGAUUGGCGCCUUUGUGUUUCUCUGGCAAGGCAGUGACUUUUACCUACGACCUGUAAAUACGAUUUUAAAGUGGUGGAACAUCCUUAUAGGGUACAAUAUACUUGUCAUCUUUGGCAAAGCUAUAUUCCAAGGCAUCGGCUGCGUGUACCUGCAGAAUCUUGAGUCCUGCGAUAAUUCCUGUUGGUUGAUCCAGCUGCUGGGCAUAUCGUGCCUGGACAAGUUUGUCAAGUUCGAGGACCAGAUCAAAUUCACGUGCGAUUGCAAAGUGAAUCGCGAAGACAUCGGGAUGCUCUGGGACGGGCUGUGCUUCGCUUUCUUGAUCAUGCAGAAGCGUCUCUUCCGUAGCUACUACUUCUUCUACAUCGUGGACGAGACGAAGGCCAUGAGUAUAUUGGCCUCGCGAGGCGCGGAGCUGCUGGAGGAGCUACACCAGAAGCGAAUCAUGGAGCAGGAGAACCUCGAGAGAACUAUGCUCGAGAAGAUCAAGUUCAAGAUGGACAAGAUCAAGGAGAACCAGCAAAAGUUGCACGGUCCCAGUCACCGGGAGCCCAAAACUCACAAGAUCGAGGAGGGAGAAGGCGGCAGUCGUGAGGCGCCCCUGGCGCGCACCUCGAGCAUGUCGUCGUGCAUUUCGUCGAACCGGACACCACCCCAGGGCUACCAGACGCCCAUAGACGAGGACGACGAGCCUGCACCGCUGACACCUCGGGCGGGCUCCCUGCUGCUGCAGGCGCCCUCGCCCAAUUCGGCCAUCAUGACGGUAAGCCUAGAGGGUUACCUGGAACCCGGGCGCAUAUCGUUUGGCUCGCCACCCAGCAGCGAGCUCAACCCACGUGGGCCCUCGCCAGACGAGACUUUCCCCGUGUUCUCGCCCCUGCCCGGCGCUAGCAGGGAGCAUCGGUCCCUGGGACACGAGGGCACUUUGGUUCGAAGACACAGGAGGCCCUCCAGCUGCGCCGGGAGCUCGUCAUGGACGAACGCCCCGAGAACGCCCAGGAGGUCCAUAGUUUCGACGGUCUCGCGCUCUCCCCGAUCUCACCAUACUUCUGUGCGAUCGGGAGACUACUACAUGUUCGAUGAUAUGGAUGACGACGAUUUGACUGAUUUCUUCUCCGAGGACAAAAACAUUCUGGAAGAAGAGGAAGAAGAAGAGAAUCGACGUCGUAGGGCGGAUAAACGUGGUCGUAGGAUGACCAUUUCGGAGCUGAUGAACGCCUUGAUAAAAACUGACAUUGACAUAGCGACUCACGUCGCGUUGUACGGAGGAACGGAAAAGGACGCUAUGAAAAUCCGGCGCCGCAGCGAGCCACUGUCCCGAAAGAAGUCAUCCAUGUCUUAUCUGAGCGCACGUUCCGAUACCGACACUGCCGCGGCUACCGAUUUACCUGAACAAGAGACGCGCACGACCGAUUCUACGGGUGAUGAUGCGACGGACCAGGAGCUCGACGAUUUUGAUAGGAUAUCGGAGGAAAGCGGAAAAGAUAAGAAAAAGGGCGAUGAGGAGGGUGAAAAGGUGUCCUUUUUGACCUACUUUAAAUUCUUGUGGGCCUUCCUCAAUAGCAGCAUGGUAUCCAUGACCAAACAUCUGAACAGCUAUUCGAAUGAUUACAGAUACAUAAGAAAGGUUUUGGCUAAAGAGAAGAAAUUAUUAAAGGAAAAACCAGAUUUUCGGAUGGGCACCCGCUUGGGUAUCAAUCAAAUAUGGCAACCAAUCGUGAAGCCGGGAUCAUCGAGAGCAGAAAAUCCUGAUGAAAUUGUUGAGGACGCGGGCCAAGGAUCAAGCAGCAAGGAAAACCUCGACGACAAAAGGAGGACGGAGAGCUCACUGUCAGUGCCACACAUCCGAAUUUUAGCACCGAGUCUGGAGCGAGGAUUGGACAUAUCCUCCUCUAGCUCGCUAAUCGCGCAAGGCGUUCACACCCAAGCCGAGGACGAGGAGGACAACGUGCUCUCCGAGGUGGACCAGCUGCCAGUCAUCCAACUGGCAGCGUCCAUCUGGUUCGGUGUUCUGUCUCACUCGACCUUCCUCUGCUAUUUCAUGGUAUUCAUGCACCAAAUUCGGAACGCCUCGCUUUUGUCGACUCCCUUGCCUCUGAUGGUCUUUCUCUGGGGCUCGCUAAGCAUACCCAGGCCGUCCAAGACUUUUUGGAUCACACUUAUCGCCUACGUUGAGGUGAUAGUCAUAAUAAAAUUGAUCUGCCAACCUUCUUUUAAUACAUGGAACGACAAUAAACACUUCAAAUUUCUGGGGGUUGAGCGCCAAACAAAUUACGCCUUGUGGGAAUUGAUGCUUCUUUUGGUAGUAUUUUUCCACAGGUACAUGUUGAAAUCCUUGGGACAGUGGACCAUGCCGUCGAUCAGAUCACGAAAAGUGAUACCUUCGGGCCUGACGAUCGCCACCGUCAGGCGGUCGCGUCCAGAUGGUGAUACCAACAACGGAAUUGAUGAAAACGGUGUGGCCAACAAACUAGAAAUUACUCCAAAAGGUCGAAUUUUGAGUCUGCACUUGGAUGGCGAGGGAGACAGAUUGACCGAUCCGCUUCCCACUGGCGACAACGAGAGACUUGUCAUUAUUCAGGCGACGGAAACCGACGUUAUUCAAGAGGAUUUCCAAAAAGCAGUCAAAUUAACGACACUUAAAUAUUGGGAGCCUAUAAGAAAAUUUUUCGAAGACAUUCGUGACCCGAACGGCAAAGAAAAAACAAACGUUUACGUUUACAUGUUCCUCUGCGACUUUUUCAACUUUCUUCUUCUCAUUUUUGGUUUCUCGGCAUUUGGCACGCGACAGGGUGACGGAGGUGUCGCAGCGUAUUUCUUGGAGAAUCGUAUCCCAAUACCGUUCUUGGUGAUGCUGCUGCUGCAAUUUGCGCUGAUAGUCGUCGAUAGGGCAUUUUAUUUGAAAAAGUCGGUAACCAACCGAUUGAUACUCCAUUACCCGUUCGUCGUCGCUAUUCACAUUUGGAUGUUCUUCGUACUGCCACUGUUAACCAGCCGACCUUUCAACGAGAACAAAGUCCUUCAAGUCUGGUACAUGAUCAAGUGUUUCUAUCUGUUACUCGCAGCCUAUCAAUUGCGACUUGGUUACCCGACGCGUGUCUUGGGAAACAUUUUGUGCAAAAAAUUCACGUUUCUCCGUUACGUAAUGUUCAAAGUAUUUAUGAGCGUUCCACUUCUGUUUGAAAUGCGAGCCGUCAUGGAUUGGAUUUGGACAGAUACUUCAAUGACUGCGAUGGAUUGGUUUAAAAUGGAAGAUAUUUUUGCAAACAUUUUUCAAAUCAAGUGCUCGCGCGUGAUGGAAGACGAGUAUCCACAAGAGCGUGGCCAGAAGAAAAAACAAAUAAGCAAAUAUCUCGUCGGUGGUGGAGCUCUCAUUUUAAUGAUCGGCAUAAUCUGGUUUCCUCUGAUGAUAUUUGCCCUAGGCAACACAGUUGGCAGGUCAAAUUUGCCGAAAGAGGUAACCCUGAACAUGAGGAUCAGCUCGUACGAACCAAUCUACACUAUCAUGACCGAGAGCGGCUCUAUCUUGAAGUACAGCGAAGAGAACUUUAUCGAGUUGAAGAACUUGUACAGACCUAGCGGAUUAUUUGAGGAUCCUACCGCUUUCACUUUUUUGAUGGAUUACGAGCAUACGGACGUCGUCGCGGUUAAGCUCAGCUCUGCGUCCGGCAAACUGUGGAGCAUCUCGCCACCGGACAGAAAUCGGUUGAAAGAGGAACUACUCUCCAACAACAGUAUGACGAUAUACGUUGAGUGGUCGGUGACAAGAGAUCCAAUCUCGAAGGAGGUAUCGGGAACCACAUCCCAAGUACGUAACAUCGAUCUACCUCCUUAUCUGAGCGACGGGAGUAUAAACCCUGUAAGACAAGGUCUGCUGGACGCGUUGAAUGAGCUAUCCGACAACAAUCGGACGGUCGAAAGUAAGAGUGUGCUACUCGAAAAUGCUCUGCCUAUGUUCCUGAAGGUCACUAGCAGGGGGAUUUCUGAAGUAAUGCAGCUAAUGAAUCCAUUCUUCCAAUCUAAAACUAAGACGAGUGACGAUAAAAAAGAGGCUGAAGAGGCGAAGGAGAACCUAUAUCGAAAUGUGAGACUAGUCAUUACGAACAAUACGCUAAACCAACAGUGGUUUUCCGUCCACGAGACGUGCAACGAUUCCUCGUUCAACGCUUCCGAGAUAAAGAUUCCACUAAACGACUGCUCUUACAUUAUGAUGUUUAUGUUUAAUGACAAAAGUUUUCCAGAAGGUCUCAGUUUUCUUAGUGGCAUGGGGAUCAUUGGAGUGUACACGACAUUUGUGAUUUUUAUCAGUAGUCUCAUCAAAAGAAUGGUGAGCGAUAUAGCUCCGAAAAUAAUGUUUGAAGAUUUGCCUUACGUAGAUCGAAUAUUGAGACUUUGCCUCGAUAUUUACCUCGUUCGAGAAAGUGGAGAUCUGUGCUUGGAGGAAGAUCUAUUUGCGAAACUUGUUUUCCUUUAUAGAUCGCCCGAGACGUUGAUUAGAUGGACAAGGCCUCCGGAAUCAAGUGAGCAAAGAGGUGAGAACGAAGACGAUGAAAAUUACAAUGAAAUUGACAAUUAUGGUAACGAUGUAGAUAACGGCGAUGAUGAAAACGAGGAAGAGGAAAGGUUACAACUCAGAAGAAGACGCCGCGAUUAGGUUUUUAAUAAAGUGAAAAAACUGUAACGUGAAGCAUUUUUUUAUUUUUCUGUACUCAUGAACAUUGUACUAGUGAGAAUUGUUUGAUCUGGUUUUUUAAAUACUUAUUUAUUUAUGACUGUUGAAGAUUUUAAUCAAAUGAGAAUUUAUAAAAGAAAAGUUAAGUUACUGUGUGUCAAAGAUGUAAAAAUGUCAAUUUAACAGAUGGUUAGCUCAACAAAAAGCUUGUUCAUUUCAUUUACAAGAACAUAAGUGAAAAGUAAAUGAAUAAUAGAUAUUAAACUGUUAGUAUGAGAAUAGAUUUUUUCUACUGAAAUUUUAUACACUAGAGAGAUUAAUUUUUAUAGGCUUUGAGCACAAAACUAUCUCUCUAAGGCUAAUAAGUCUUUUCUAUUUUUUUACAAACAAUGUCAGUAUAUGUUACAUCCAUAAAACUAUUCAUUACAAGCAUACUGUUUUUUUUUGUCAUUCAGAUUAGUACAUUAAUUCUAAAAAUUCAACGAAAAUUUAUCAUACAUACUGUAAAUAGGCAAUUCAUAAACUGAUUCUGUAAUGAAUAAAAAAUAAAUAUUCUUUAUGUGUAAAAUAACGUACUUUACUUUAUUAAGGACACUUCAAGUAUCAACUAGUUGAAACAGUAACUGCAUUUUCAUAGAAAUUUGAAAAACCUUAUACUAAGAUACAAAGUAUAAUGAAAAAAGUAACAACUUAAAUAAUGAAAAUAUUCUUUACUUGGAAUUGUAGCACAGGAGACUUGAU